GCUGCCUGGUUCCCGUGGCAGAGCCGUUUCUGGAGUAACGUCUCACUGGUGGCCCUUGAGGUUUGGGCUCGACGGGUAGCCACUCACCCGGUGUGUCCCCCGUUCUCUUGGAAAGGAGGAUUCCAAAAGGGAAGACGCUUUUGUGGAGGACCCUGGCCGGUACCUUCCCGGAGCACCCGUGCUGGUCAGCGCGAGGCUGCUGCGGGCCUCCUCUAGAGCACCGUCCUCUGAGGGUGGCAUGGUGUCCCCUCCUUCCGGUGUUUGAUCGCCCUUGGUCUGAAAGCAGCCUCCUCCCGUUGCAGGCGAUGACCGAUGACCCUAGGUGGGCUCUCGCCAGCGCUCCGCCCUCUGACGGAACGGGCCGGGGCAGGCCGGCUCCCCGCCGUGCUCAUCUAGCCUGGCGUCCCACUGGACGGGAGGAGUGACCAGCCAGCGCCAGACCCAGGUACUUCUGUCGUCUUGUCUUCAGGUUUUUAGCGCGACGCGUUUGGAACAGAAGCUGCAAGAAAAAGACGGCCAACGCCUUUUAAACCACCUUCGAGACCUGACACUUCGAGCGGCGUGCGCUGUUCUGCCCUCCGGUGUUUGGGGAGCCGUUUCAAAGCCAGCUGCGGCCGUCAGCACACGCCACUGCUAAGCGUUUUAGAACACUCCUGCUUACGCACUAUCACACCUAAGAAAAUGGACAAAGGUGAUUCCGUCACGUCACUUAAUGACCAGUUACCCUCCGGCUUCACCUGGUCGCCACCGAAAUACGUUUCCCUCCAACGGCGAACUUCGGAAAAUCUUCACACAGCAGAGCCGAGUUCUACAGGGAACGCCCAAGUUCCGUUACUGUCCCACUAGUUUCCUUGCGUGUCUGUCCUCCGCAAUCCGCUCACCGGCGCGUCGCACGUUCUGAAAUGCACAGCGUGAGCUGCAGACCCGGCGCCGUGCGGAGUCGCCCUCCAGAACUGACUCUUGGAACUUACUCUCGGAAUUUCCGCUUUCCCUCGGUGCAAACUGUUUCUUGGCACAAGUGAUCAGACGCACGUGUGUCCUGUCAUGACGCAUCCGUUCCCCGCUCGAAGGGUAGCAGUCACGGACCGUCUUGGUGCACCGGCCCUUUGCACGGAGCAGGGUGUCUCAGCGCCGCCUGCUGGGGUUUAGAGAGGGGUGCACGCGGAGGCUCACUGUUUCUUCCUUCUUCGAAGUGCUCCCAGCUGACUCGGCCGCUCUCCUACAUGGACCUUCAGAACCAGCUGCAGUUCAACAGGAGUGUUCCUGCACAUUCCAGCAACCUGGCCGCGCGCUAUUCCUGCCCCGACGCGAUCAGAAUCGAGAAACUGACGCACUCGUACGGCGAGUCCUACCGUGGCGGGGAUCCGGGCUUCAGAGCCGGGCCCGACGUGAGCGGCUCGGCCUCCUUCUCCGUCAUCUCCGAGGAGAGGCUCAGCUAUGCCGUCCACCUGGCCAAGAGGGACGUGAGACGCAGGCAGUUCGAACAGCACGUGAGACAGCAGCGUCUCAGAAGCGAGCCCCAAACCUGUCAGAGGUGGGGACACCCCGAGCACAAGGUGCCUGAGCACAGGGAGCAGAGGAAGGAGGCAAGGAGCCGGGAAAUGUGUCACUGCAGCCACGAGACGUGCGGGCGGGGAGCUUCCUGCUCGGGUGCGAAGGUUCACCUGUGCACCCCGCGGCCGGGGCAGCCCCCCGCCCUGGAGCCGGGGCCCCAGCCGCACGCCAGGACGGGUGGCCCGCGGGGCCUGCUGGGGGUGCAGAGACUCCAGGAGGAGCUGACCACUUGCGUCCGUAGAAUGGAAGAAGUAAUUAAAAGAGAUAGAACGGAAGAAGCUUUGGAACCGGAUGAGGAGCAGCGAGCCCGCGUCAGGAGGCAGGAACAGGCCGUGCGCUGUGCCCGGAUGCUGUACUCCCUGCAGCAGCAGGUGAAAGAAAUCCAGGAAGAAUUGGAUAAAUUGAGUCCACGUAAGAUUAAACAUACCGAGAAGUCGUGGGCGAUGUCCCGGCUGGCGGCUGCCCACCGAAGCGCCAUCCGGGCCCUGCACGUGUUUGUGACCCAGUUGGCCGACCGCGGGGAGCGGCCCCUCCCUGCCCGGUGCAGGGAGCUGGGCGGCCUCAUUCGCCAGCUCUCCCUCUGCUCCGCCAAGCUGGACGCCGACUCCUCUGUGUCCGAGGUGGUCAUAGACAUCCUGCGACAAAUCGAGGCUUUGGAGGCCCUCCUGGAAAAGAAACUGUCACCAAAAAAGGUGAAGAAAUGUUUCCCGGAAGUUCAGACCAGGUUUCCCGUUGGUGGCCACAGGGCCUUGGAGAGACGGCGGAGUUCUUCGCCACAAGGCGAGAGGAGACCUCCCCUAGCAGAGGAGAUACUUCUGCAGGAAGCGCGACAACCUUCCAGGGCAGACAGGCUUCUUGCUGAUAAGUGUCAGCCUGGGGCAGCACCUGCAGCGACCCAGCGGUCCGCGAACGGGAACGGGCUUGGUGUGAGGGGCGCGGACAUCCGUCCGGAAGGAGCCCCUCCUGCUCCGGACCACAGCGCGAGCCUCACGGCAGAGCCCGUGGCCGUGGCGAGAGCGGGAGCAGCGGCCUGGAGGCCCGGGGCGGGGAGCAUACCGCCCAGGAAGAAGGAGGCACCGGUGGGGCCGCCGCAGGGACCCCCCAGAGCUGAGGACCGUCAGCCGCCCCGAGGCCGCGGCAAAAGCAGACUGCAGCGCACGACCGUGUCAUCCAGGCUGAAAAGGAGCCAGCAGCCAGUGAGGGACCUCAGGGCCCCCUGGGUGCCUCCAAACCCCACGUCCCCGCCAGCGUCCCCCAAAUGUGCCGCCUGGCUGAAGGUGAGGCCCGGCCCCAGAGACGCCGCCAGAGAGCGGUCUGUCCAGCAGGAAGAGGCUCAGGAGGCCAGUGCGUUGACAGGUGCUGUUGCGCACGAAGCCAUGAGACUCGCCUGGCUCGACGCUGAAGCUCACAAAACACUGAAGGAGCUGGAGGAGGUGAAAGCCGCGGGCGCGGACGGCGCGCACAGGCAGAGUGACUCUGCUGCCCAGUUAGCAGACAAGGUGGAGAAGGCGGUUCUGGAGCGUCUGAAGCCUCUCCUGGUCAAGGCCCAGAGAGUCAACUCUUCUCUGGAAGCGGAGGUUCCGAAGGACCGGCCGCCAGCAGACACGGCGACAGCCCGGCCUACGGACGAGGCUGUGGCCGCGGACGGGGGCCCCGGCCGCCUCCGCCAGCAGGGCGACUGUCUGGAAGGCACCGCGCUCCGCUGUGACGUCUUGGCGUCGCAAGCCCGGGCCCCCGGGGCAGGCGGCAGGGACAGCCCGUUUCUGGACACCAUGAUGCUGCGCAUGGAGGAGAUGGAGAAAUACCAGGAGAUGGUUCGCCGAAGAUACAAUGCAAUUGUAUAUGCUGAUCCCCGUUUGUGGACGCAGGAAGGGAAGAGUGAGCAGACGCUCCCGGCGGUAGGUGAAAGGCCUCUCUCUCCUCCUCCAGUCGGGACCACAAAGAGCCCCACGCGCAAAGACCCGGGCGCGAGCAUCGUGUUGGAAAGACCUCGCAAUGGCAACUCCCUGGAUGCAAGUGUGGACGCUGGCGAGGAGUCUGAGAAGAGGGAGGCUCCCCUUCCGCGCCUUCCGGAAGAGUCUCUGCGGCAGGAAGGCCGCACCGCCCUCCGGGUGCCCCCGGGCAUGCAUCGCAGCAUCCGCGACGCCUGCAGCCGCUUCGAGCAGUAUCUCCGCGCGACCGCGCACGAGGCCGUGGGCGCCUUCAACCCCUGGCUGAUGGCCGAGAGGUCAGUACGGCGUCGCGGCCUCCGCUUGGGGAGCGGGUGCCGCGCCUCAGCUCACAGAGAGGCUGGCGGGGGGCUUCCUCUGCUCGCCGCCUGUUUGGGUGGGGGAGACGGAGUCCCGUCUGGUCAGUGACGGGACACAGAAUGCUACCAGGCAGGAGACGUCGGGAGCGCAGAGGUCACGGGUGGGACUGCUGGAGUACUUGAGGACGGAGGCUUUUCCGGUAUUCAAAUGGUUCACCAAAAGACGUGCAAAUCCAAAUUUUCAUUUUUUAUGUAUUUACUUAUUUAAGGUUUGUUUAUUUAUAAGAGAGAGAGACAUAGCACGAGUGGGAGAGGGGCAGAGAGCGAGAGGGAGGCCCAGAAUCCGAAGCAGGCUCCGGGCUCCCAGCUGUCGGCACAGAGCCCGACGCGGGGCUCGAACCCACGAGCUGCGAGAUCACGACCUGAGCCGAAGCCGGACGCUCAACCGACGGAGCCCCCCGGGCGCCCCUGAAUCCGCUCCUUUUAAAUACAGCCCCAGAUGAGAUUCCUUCUGGGCGUGACUGCUUGCACACCUGUGGACCGCCGUCGUUGAGCGGGUGCCGAGCUGUGGCCUGCGCUUCCUCGGGCAGGUUCAGGCUGGUGGAGUUGGAGCCUCUCUCACCUGCUGAUUGUCUUGCGCGCUUCCCGGCUUUCCCGCACACUCGCACGCUCACCGGCUCCCGGCCCCUCGCCUCCGCCCGCCCCCGUCGUUCGCAGGGCUUGGACCUGCCAGGGGUCCCCUUCGGGGGGACGGCCAGCUCGCGUUUCCCCGGCAUCGCUCUCCUCAGACCCUCCGGCUUCCUCUUCCUUCCGAUUCUGCCACCUGCCUUCUGUCCUCCCCAGGCGGUGGCCGUCUCUCCUCCGCUCUCCCAUCCUUUCUCUGCUUGGAGACUUUUGCGUCCGUCUCCCGUCGCGGUGGGCUCUUGUGUGGGAUCGGGGACGACCACUUGUGCUCGGCCCCUCAGGCUUACCCUGAGGUGCCAAGACCUCCCUUGACGCGGUGCCGUCCAGAGCGUGGAGACCUUCGCUCGUUUGCUUUCUGGGGAGGAGGGGAGGCCGCCGCGGGUCCUCGUGUUCACUGGCGCGCCGCGUCCCCAAAGCUGCCGGGGCUCGUGAGGCUGACGGCGUAUGGGGAAUCCACAACAAGCCAGGGAAGACGGACCCGUCCCGUGGCUCGUGGCGCGUUUCGUUCGUCAUUCUCCGGACAUAGGGCAGCGCCGCCUGAGCGUGGAAGGAAUGAUUUGUACACGUCUCCCCUGGUGCCCUCGACCCUCAGGUCACCGCGCAUCGAACGUUCCGGCUCUCUGUUGUCUCUGGGCCUUGUUCCUCGGGCAGGCGCUCCCAAGGACAGGCCCGUGCUGACCGGGCCUUGGUGGAGCAGCCAGGACGGCCGGCUCCGACCGGUAGCCUCUCGGGGGAGGGGAGCGAGCCCGGCCCUUCUCUUGCUUGUAACGUGUCCACCCUCCUCACGCCCGAAGAAACGUGCUGCUCCCGUGACGAGAGGGAGCAGGUGACACGGGCUGGGUGUAAGUAGCGUGCUGGCCAGAGGGGGCCCGGGCCGGGACGCUUUCAGGGGAAGCAGACUCGCCAGCGGCCGCGGAGACUUGUGGGGAGAGGGCAGGUGGGAGCCGUGUGUUUAUCUCCUUCCUGAGUCCGUGGCCUGGCGCCACGUCACCGGGCGACCACGUGAAAGGCAUAAAACCAUAAAGGACGGCAAACGGGAAAGAACCAACGAGGGAGCCGAGCGCUGGGAUCAAGGACGAGGGCGCCAGGCCUGCGCGGAGGCCCCGCCCCCAGCGCCACAGAGCUGUGACCAGAUGGGCAGCCCACACCAGGGCCUGGGCCACUGCCCCAUGCAGCCUGAGGAGGAGGAGGAGGAGGAGGAGGAGGAGGAGGAGGAGGAGGCGGCGGCGGCAGAGGCGGAGGAGGCGGCCUCCACACCACGCACCCAGAAUCACAUCCCAGAGAAGCGAAGGGAACGGUUAUGCCAGGGAACGAAUGGAUACCCGAGAAAAGAGGUUUCUAGAGAGUAAAAAUAUCAGCAAUUAAAAACGUCAUGAAUGUGGUGAAUUCACUGGAAAAGCUUCAAAGAAAAAGCCUGAUCUCUGGAGGAGAAUAAAAAGGCAAGAAAAGAUUUGAUACCUUAGCGGAUUGUCCAGUGAUUCCAACUCAGGUGCCGGGAGGUGGGCCACAGACCCGUGGCUUCAGCGGCAGGGCCGCGUGCGGUGGGUGUCGGCGACCUGCUUUCUGGACCCGCGGCAGCCGUCCUUGGGGGCCUGAGUGCCCGUCCGCCCCCGGGGCCGAGGCUUCGGCUUACUUACCUCGCAGGGACGCAGACGUUCGUCUGACGGCGGGAGCUCCCGGCUGUGAGGACAGGGCCUGUCGUGGCGUGUGGGUGAGGCGCGUGCGCACACAGCAGAAGGCACGUCAGGGCGUCGCCGUGGAAAGGCGUGUGAGGAGCACAGAAGGUUCCAGAGGGUUCAUCGGGCCCCUUCCCGCGUCAGAAGAAAGAACGGUUACGAGGUUUCGGAACCCCGAACUCUGUGCUCGGCUGAGGCGUCUGUGGGCAGAAGGAAGGCGCGUUCCGGGAUGCGCAGGGUCCAAGAACUUGGUUUCCGUUCGUGACCGAGCUAGCGGAGGGCGUGUGCACCGGCGAGGGGCGGACCGGAGGAGAUGAGCUCCAGCUCGGGGCCUCCAGAGAAAAGGGGAAAGCUGGUUCCACCGGGGGAGCUUUUCAGCACACACAGCGAGCGGCUGGCCCGGUGGAGGGAGGAUGGGACCACAUGGGGUGCAAAGGCGGGAAGCAAGGAGCCGGCCGGGAGCUCGGCCGUCUGACCUCACGAGAGCGCCUUUGUGUGUCUGUGGGAGUUUGGGCGGGUCCGUGACGGACGGACGUAGGAAGCGCGGCAGAGUAAACACAGCGGUCGCUCGUGCCCUCGGCUCGCUCAGGAUAACUCAGGACACAAGCUACGUUGAGAGGGAAGCACGCGUGCGGGAAGGCUUCCGGAAGCUGCCGGCCGACGCGGAGGGGCCCGGGGUCCCGGAGAAGCCGGCGGAGGCCCCCCCAAGAACGUUCACCGGGACACGUUCGCCGUGGGAAACGGUAAACGGGUGUGGUUCGGGCCGGUCAGAAACGGUCCC